AUGUCCGUCCGCAGUCUUUCGAAAGCGUUCUACACACUCGGUGGAAUGAUUCACGAAGAGAGAUCCCAAUGCUUUACCUUCUUUGGUAACACGGACCAGAUUCGAAUCAUGCCCGGAUCACCCAAAAGACAUGCCGUGGAAUUCUUCACGCUCGUGGUACCGGACAGCGACAAGGACCACACAUCCUUCCAUAUCAGCGUUCGAUGGAAGCUGAUCAACGGCAAGAAAGAGCUCUUUAUCCACCGCUACGGUGCUAUAUGGUGUUCAUGGCUACCAGCUAGGCAGUGGUUGAGACAAUACUACGGCACGACUGUACGCAAGACGGCACUCUGGUUGGACUACGUCAAUUUCUCCGGCCAGAAAUUUCCCUUCAUGCGCCUACCGGCAGAGCUUCGCCAAAUGGUAUUCGAAGCUGUGGUAGGGCCAGUCUUGUGGCCCCGCAAGCGUGAUCCGCAGGCGUCUGAGUACAGGCCGAUAAGGCUGUUAAGGUCGUCUGAAGGCGAGCCGCACGCAGGGAGCAUGUCCGCUCCUAUAACCUGCCAGGAACGUCCGCAGAAUCUUUUGGAUCCCCGUCUCGUUUGGCCUUCGGGAUUGCAUGUCAGAAACCGCGGAACGUCCAUGGAAUAUGCAAGCGCAUUCUGCCGUUCCGCCCGAUGUUCGCAACACCUGAAAUACAACCCAAAGGGCAGCUUGAAACCUUUGUUGUUGGUCAGUAAGGCAUUCGGUAUCGAGCUUCAGCAGACUACGUGGCAAUCUACCACGAAGCACUACUACUACGGACGUGACAUUAUCCAGACCAUCCCAAGGAUUCAGAUCCUCCCAUUCAACAGCCUUCGCCGUAUAUCUCUAAAGAUGUCCAACUUAGAGUACUUCCGGCUGUUGGGAUACGGAAGCACCAAGACCAUCGGUUUCGCCCCGAUAACCACACCCCGACUGGGUCCACUAGCGCUGGAGAUGCUCAUGGGCUUGGACAAACUCCAGUUCCUGGAGUUUGGUUUUAUCACCGGUCGCUCUGAUCACGGUCACAGAGAGUGGGCUGACCCGUGGUCUACGUACCCUCUGUACGAGGUUUCUUGCCAAGCUGAAUUCGUUGACUGGUUCUUCACGUUGCUGUAUGCGAAGUACACGGCGGCAAAAUCGGACACUCGUCUUAUCCCGCAUGUCACAUUCACCGGCCAUGUCAAGCACAUUACCCGUGCUCAUUGGGAGCCCAUUUGGAGGAGUCUGAAGUGGGGGGUUCGUCACGACUUCUCGUCCAAGAUCGAAACGAUCAUUUCGACUCCCGUCGAGCAACUGUGA